AUGUCGGACGAUUUGAGCGCGUUUUUCGCGAAGAAAAAGGACAAGAAAAAGAAGAAUGUGGUUAAGAUGGAGGAUGUCGGACAUAUACUGGAGUUGAAAGUCAAAAGACAGGAAGAAAGUGAUCAGCUGCAGGCAGAUGCGGAUGCACGUGCUGCUGAAGAGGUUGAAUACCAAGUCCGCACGCGCGGCAAUGGAAACACCGCUGGCAAUCAGAGCUCUGAAGAGAGCGAAUGGAUCGAUUACACGGACACUAAUCAGGGAAGGUUGGAAGGCUUGAAAAUCAAGGAUAUGGGAGCCGAUAGCGGUGAUGUUGCCGAAGAAGAACAGAUUGAUGACGAAGAUCAGAAGGCACAUACUGAAUCUGUGAGAACAUGGGGACAAGUCGAGAAGAAGGAAGAAGAAGAUCAUCAAAAUGAUGACCACUUUGCAAAUCUGAAACAAAAAACUGCUUAUGUCAUACCUGCGCAAAGACAUUCAGCAAUGCGUGGAGGCAGCCAGAGAGUAGACAUUUCUAAUAACGAGAUGUUCCCAUCACUAGCUGAUGCCAGUAAGAUAGAGAAGGACAAGAAGGAAGACUCAAAAUCUGGAGGAUGGGUGAAGAGUAGUAACAUUGGAGGAGGCAAUCAAAUGACUGAGAAUCGUCCCAUUUCCACUACAAAUCGGUGGAACACGUCGGCUGGACCACCAACAAGUGCAGCGCGUGAAAGAGACAGAGAAAGUGCUCUCAAGGCCGUUGCUGCACACAGUGCUGCUCCAACACCAGCACCAAUUGUACGCGAGAAAGAAUCAGAAGCACCAAAGCCUGCAAAGUAUGUGCCACCAUCACUCAGGAACAGAAAUUAGGCCGUUCGAUUUUAUCUGCAUUGUUGCCGUCACCUUUUGAUCAAUGACGUUCAUGUGAUGAAACAUGGCUUGUGCAAAUCGCUAACUAUCUAUACAAACCCUACUUCCAGCUCCCCUUUUCUAUUGUGAUGUUUUGAAGUGGCUUUUGUUCUUUUAUCAUUAGUUCUUCUGUUUUUCUUCGGAAAGUGCUGUACUUCUUUUAUAUUUAGUUCAGACAUGUUAUAUAUUUGUUUUUCAUGUGGUACACUUCGUACAGAUAGUUCCUAUUAGAGUUCCAAUGAUUUGGCGUUUUUUACAAGUGGAAAUUUUGUUUUUCUUAUUGGUUUUAAUGACUGAUAUACUGAUUCGUAUAGGUGUAUAUUAGGGCGUUCUGUUAGCCCAAGAACAAACUCCCUAUAGCGAGAGUUUCAGAGUUUGAUUUGUUUUCGUUUGUCUUUGUUUUCGAUAUUGGAGGGGUUUCAUGCUGUUCAUUCGAUCUGUUUUUUUUUUGUGCAGAUCCGGUCAUUUCCGCCCGCUUAGUGGCUUGGUGUUCUUUUGCUCUGUACUCUUCGCCAGCGUCGCUGCAUUCUAUCUUUGCAUUCGCUGCAUUGUUCCGUACAGUUUCUCAAAGCUGUUGCAAAAAAAUUUGACGAAAUGAAUAUGGUGAUGGAUUGU